AUGGCUAGGUGCAGUCUCACCUUAACUGUCUUCAUCAUGUUUUCGAUCUUAAUGUGGAGUACUAGUACUUGUGGUGCAAGCGGCACGGAUACGCUUAAACCAGGUGAGACUCUAGAUUACUCGAGCUUAUUAGUUUCUGCGAACGGGAAGUUCACUUUGGGUUUCUAUGUAAGUGAUCACAACAAUUCGAAGUAUUCCAGAUACCUAGGUAUCUGGUGCAAGCAAAAUUAUAUGAAUUACCCAUGGAUUGCGAACCGAGACAAACCUAUUCCAUACCCUUUUGUGGCAGUUCUUGCUUUGGAAAAAACCAAUUCAACCCUCAAAAUUACACUCAAUAAUGGUACUGGCAGCCCUAUCCAGCUUUACACUGCUCCAAAAGCCUCUACCAACAUCAACACUAGUAAUGUUGUGGCUACCCUUUUGGAUUCUGGUAAUUUUGUCCUGCAAGAAGUCAACUCUGAGUCUCUAUAUGGAUCAACGGUGAAGAGGGUGUUGUGGCAAAGUUUUGACUAUCCCACGGACAUCCUUUUGCCAGGUAUGAAAGUAGGUAUUGACCAUCGAAAUGGUCACAUUUGGUCACUUAUAUCUUGGCUUACCGAGUACAGCGGAGAGCCGCGUCCUUUCACUCUUGAUUGGGAUCCCAGCGCACGCCAAUUGAAGAUUAGGCGACGUGGGGUGGUCUACUGGACUAGUGGAGCCUUCAUCAACAAUAACAGAUUUAAAUUCAUACUACCUGAUGAUGAAUCCAAUCUGAGAUAUAAUUUCACAAUUGUUUCAAAUGUGAAUGAAGACUAUUUCACUUUCGCAAGUGCUAAUGCGGCAUCAGAAUGGAUGUUGACCACAACGGGGAGACUAAUUGACCUUGAUGGAGGAGUUGAUGUUGCACAAUCAGGUAACUGCCAUGGCCAAAACAGUGAUGGAGGAUGCCAAAGAUGGGAUUGUACGCGGAUCCACGUUAGAUUUGACCCACGAAGUGGUGAGUUUCAUCAAAUAAGCAAAUCCGACUUGGAUUCAAUAAUCUCGACUGAUCCCGAUGCCAGUCUCAGCAGCAGUGAUUGUAUGGGCACUUGUAUGAGCUCUUGUGACUGCAUUGGAUUCAGCUCUCUAUUUGAUAAUGAGACUGGAUGCAAGUUUUGGAGUGGAAACUGGAAGUUCGUUGAAGACUAUCUCCCUGAUAAUACUACAAGGGUUUUUGUACAAACAACAGAGGCAACCCGUUCUGGGACAGUGAUUGAGAAUGCAUUGCUCGACUUGACGGACACUAAUGGCAACGGGCUUCAAAAUGAUGGACUGAUGGAACACGAUUUAAGAGUAUUUAGCUAUGCAUUUGUCAUGGCUGCCACAGACAACUUCUCCACUGAAAACAAGCUUGGUGAGGGGGGAUUUGGACCUGUUUAUAAGGGAACAUUGGAAUCGGGACAAGAAAUAGCCGUGAAAACGCUUUCAAGAUGUUCAGGGCAAGGAACAUUUGAGUUUAAGAAUGAAUUGAUACUCAUAUCUGAACUUCAACAUACGAAUCUUGUUCGUCUGUUUGGAUUUUGCAUUCAUAACGAAGAGAGGAUGUUAAUAUAUGAGAAUAUGCCAAACAAAAGUUUGGACUACCUUUUAUUUGGUACUGAUCCAACCAGAGGCCUGUUACUAGAUUGGAAGACUCGUUUCGGCAUAAUUGAAGGAAUCGCUCAAGGAUUGCUUUACCUUCACAAAUACUCAAGAUUGAGAGUAAUUCAUAGAGAUCUAAAAGCUAGUAAUAUACUACUUGAUGAAAAUAUGAACCCUAAAAUCUCUGAUUUUGGUAUUUCAAGGGCAUUUGUCCAUAAUGAAAUGGAAGCAAAUACUGAUAGGAUCGUUGGGACAUUAGGUUACAUGUCUCCUGAAUACGCUAUGGAGGGAGUUUUCUCCCCAAAAUCCGAUGUCUACAGUUUUGGAGUACUAAUGCUUGAAAUCAUAUGUGGUAGAAAAAACAGCAGCUUCUACCAUGAUGAUCGUGUGAUCAGUAUAGUAGGUUAUGCAUGGGAGUUAUGGAAAGAAGGGGCAGGGCUAGAACUUAUGGAUCCAACACUAGGCGAGUCAUGUGUUAGGGAUCAAUUGUUGAGAUGCGUCCAUGUUAGUCUAUUAUGCGUGGAGGAAAAUGCCGACGAUCAACCGACGAUGUCAGAUGUCAUAUCUAUGUUGACAAAUGAAGGUGUGCCAUUACCUAUACCUACAAAGCCAGCAUUUUUCACAAAAAGAAGGGUGAUCGGCAGGGGUGGCUUGGGUGGAAAUGAUUUGGAGCUUAUAUCAAUAAAUGGCUUGUCUAAUUCGGAUUUGGAGGGACGUUAA